UUCUUGAUAUUCGGCCAUGGUAAAGCCAUUCAUCGGAUGGACCUUGAUGGGAAGAACCAGAGAAGGCUUGUGGCUGGGGUGGCAAGUUCUAUUCUGCUCGACUUUCAUUUCAGAGAAGAGAGAGUUUACUGGGCGGACAAACACACAGGGGUCAUCUACAAAGCAUCAGUGAGGGGAGCACACAGACGGAAACUGUACUCAUCUGACAAACAUAUCUCGGGCCUUGCAGUGGACUGGAUUUGGAACAGUGUAUAUUGGACAAGUGGAGAAAAGGGAAAAAUCAAGAGAAUGGAUAUAAAUGGGAAAAAUGAAAGGACUCUUUUAAGACACUUGACGCAACCAAGUUCCCUAACAAUUGACCCCACCAACAGGUUUCUUUUUUGGCUGUCUGGUGGGAUGAUUCCGAGUAUCCAGCGGUAUGAUGUGGCGGGUCAGAUGAAAACUACACUCAUUAAAAUGUCGGAACAACUGAGAGCGCUGUCGAUUGACAGACAGGAGAAGAGGCUGUUCUGGGUUCAGUUUGGUCUGCAAGGAGAAAGUGCCAUUGCCUCUUGUGAUUACAACGGGAACGUCCUGCACAUCAUAGAUCACCCACUUCAGGCUCAGUCACUGGGGAUAUCAGUUUUUCAGGAGCAUUUAUACUACAAUGAUGCUGCGUCUCGGGUUAUAAGACAAGUAAACAAGCACACUGGUGGAGAGUCACUGAGUGUUAACAUAAAACCAAUGGCAAAACCUGCGGUUGAUAUUAAGGUGGUACAUCCCCUCACCCAGCCAAUGGCAGACUCCCAAUCAUCAUUUCCAGGUUGUGACGAACAAAGGGGAAAUUGUGUCGAUGUGUGUUCCAGUCUAGCCGAGCAGGGGCCUUGCCAGUGCAGUGAAGGCUUUGCGCUCAAUAAGCAAGGCACUCAUUGUGAAGAUGUGAAUGAAUGUGCCUUCUGGAACCAUGGCUGCUCUCUUGGUUGUGAAAACAUUCCAGGCUCCUAUUUCUGUACCUGCCCUAUAGGAUAUGCCCUCCUACCAGACAGGAAGACAUGUCAAGAGAUCACACCAUGUGACGGCAAUAUCAAGUGUGGCCAUGGAUGCCUGACAACAGAUGAGGGUGCUGUCUGUGUGUGUCCUGAGGGAUCUUUACUAAAAGAGGAUGGACAAGCCUGCACUGGCUGCUCAUCUGCAGACAGAGGGGGCUGCAGUCAGCUCUGUACUCCUGUCACCCCUAGUAAGUGGCAGUGUGGUUGUCUGCCUGGCUACCAGCUCCACCAUGAUGGCAAGCGCUGCAUUGCUUCUGGACCACCACCUUAUCUAUUAGUUGCCAAUCUAGUGGAUGUGCGACAAAUUAAUCCUGAUGGCACUGGGGAUCAAACCCUCGUGGAGGAGCCCAGAGGAACAAUCAUAGGUUUAGACUACGACCCUGUCCAGAACAAUGUUUACUUUGCUAGUACAAGCCAGAAGACAAUAGAGCGGGUUGAUUUAAACGGUGGGUCCAGAGAAGUUCUUGUCUCUGAUGGAUUGGAGUCUCCAGAAGGACUAUCAAUUGACUGGGUGUACCGCAGGAUGUACUGGACUGAUAAAAGCCAGUCAACUGUUGAGUGCAGUACCUUGACUGGACUGAACAGGGAAACCAUUGUAAGCACAGGGCUGGAAAAACCAAGAGGAAUCGCUGUUCAUCCUUUGGCAAAGAAGUUGUUCUGGACUGAUAUAGGCGCCCAGCCUGUCGUGGAAAGUGCCUCUUUGGAAGGGAAAGACCGUGUAGUCAUUGCUAGCACCAACCUUGUGACACCAAGUGGUCUGACCAUCGAUUUCACCGCUGAUCGCCUGUUCUGGUGCGAUCAGAGCAGCGGCCUGGUGGAGACUUCUGCACUGGAUGGUUCAGAUCGACAGGUCCUGUUAGAGAACCAAGUAGGCCGACCUUUCGACCUCGCAGUAUUUGAGGACAGGUUGUGGAUAUCUGAUUGGGAGCACCAGCAGCUGAGGAGCGUACACAAGUGGACUGGGAAAAAGCUGCAACGUAUCCAUGGCCACAUGGUCCAACCAGCAUCCAUAGUGGUGGUGCAUCCCCUUGCUAAACCAGGAGCGGACGUUUGCCUUCACCUGAAUGGAGGUUGUGCCCAGGUGUGCGAAAGCAUACUGGGAUUCGCCCACUGCUCCUGUCUGCCACGCUACGUCUUAACAACUGAUAGAAAAAGCUGCUUGCUUGCAGAUGCUUCGAAUGGAACAGCAGAAUCUGGAGACCGUGAAUCCACUGAAGUAACGUCUCUCAAAAACAAAACAUUCAAUGAUGAGGGCACUCCCCUGACAACACCUGACCUGUCCAGUGAUAAAGCGGAGGCUGAUUUAGACUCUGAUGUAGGCACGGAGACAACGCUCUUCACAGACAAGAUGGUUUCAGACCAGAAUGAGUGUUACUCACUUCGCUGUGAUGUAAAUGCACAGUGCCUGGUGAAUGCUGGCAGCCCAACCUGUCUAUGUCUAGAAGGUUUUACAGGUGAUGGACAGUUGUGUGUGGAUAUUGAUGAGUGUAAACAAGGAACACACAAGUGUGACAACAAUGCAGAAUGCCAAAAUACUUUGGGGAAGCAUCUCUGCAAGUGCCAGGCUGGAUACCACGGCAAUGGGAAGACAUGCCAAGAGUUGGAGACCACAUCGCCAUGGGUAACAACUGGUAGUCCUGCUGAUGUCACCACCCGACACCACAACAGUAACUCAGUACAGACUUGCCCCUCCACCCAUGAAUCCUACUGUCUGUACCAGGGUGUCUGCUUCUACUUUCCUGAAAUGGAGUCCUAUGCUUGCAAUUGUGUAUCAGGCUACAUGGGGGAGCGCUGUCAGUUCAGCGACCUGGAGUGGUGGGAUCUUCAGCAGGCUGAGGAGGAGAAGAGAAGAAACGUGGUAAUUGCGGCCUGCAUGGUGGUCCUCGUUUCCCUGCUCUCCAUCGCUGCCUGUGUCACCUACUGCUACGGAACCAGGAAAUUCUUCCACAAACAACCCUCAGUGGAUGAUGUGAGUGAGACCAGCGUGACAGAUGAGAGCGUGUCAGAGACCACGACCACCAGUGUGCCUCGGUUCUACAUGGUGGUAGAGAAUGGUGUGGAGGGAAUGGUCAUCCCUGCCAUGGGCUGUCCCAGGAGAGCUGUCUGUCCAUCCUGCUCUUCAGAAACAGGUGACAACCCAGUGUCUGAGGAGGCGGGAACAUUGUCCAAACACAACAGAGGGUACGAGUGCUCCAUGGUGUCGGCUGUUGCCAUGGAGACCACGCAACCCGCUGUCCCUCACUCGAGUCCAUCGGUGUCAAGCUCAUUUCCUUCUGCGUCUUUGGAGCCACCACUGCUCUCCCAGACUCCCGGCCCAGAGUCCUCUGCUUCCUAGUUAACCAGAGAGACUGACACAGAUGUACAGUUAAACGCACAUACACCGCACAACAUCUGGCUGACGC